CUCGUCCAUUCAAAUUUUUAAAAGAAUUUUAAAAAAAUCUGGUACAGGCGCAAAUUCAAUUUCUUUAGAAAUCUAGAGUCUAGACCCUCUUCACUAAAGAUAAAAAAAAAAGAAAAAAAAAAGAAAAAAAACCUCCAGAACCUCUCAUACGCAAAUUCGUCGCUCAUACGCUAAUUCCAAAGCUCGAAUUGCAGUGUUGUGGCUGGAAAUCAGGGAUGAAUGACCUGUCAUCCCCGGGCCCACGGCAGCCGCCCCUCCUGCCCUGGCUCAGGGACGGGCCUGAGUUGUAUAGGUUCUUACAAACUUCAUGAGAUAAUUCAGUCUUGCCAAGGAAACUGGUUUUUAAGCCACGAUGAUAGCGAGGAUGAUAUACAAGAAUAGCAUCAGUGAGAAUUUGUGUCAUAUUCAUAUUGGCAUUAUGUACUAAAGUUAAAAAGUCGCAGCAGAAUUCAUGAGUUCAGCAAUGAGGGAUACGAGUAGGGUUAUUAAUGGAUUAUCAUUAGUAGCAAAGGAGAUUCUGAGACGUUCAGGGGAAAGCGAGGGUCCGAGAGAUGCUCUAGAAUCUCUCAUUAAGAAAACUGCAAGCAUUUGUGGGCUUACUAAAGGAAAGGUACAGGCUCACCAACGUGGACCGCAAUUUGCAAACCCUAUUGUAGCAAGUAAGCCAAAGUCCCCUAAUGAUGAUGAAGACUCUGUUGUUUACUUUAAUGGUGGUGCUAUUUCUACAAAUGAUGGUAGUCUAGCCACCUCCAAGGCAGAGGCCUUGUCAACAUCAGAGACAGCUGCUACUAGAGGUCCAGUUGCUCUUUCUUCUUCUGAACAAUUACUUUCAAGCCCUGCAUCAGAGUCUCCAAUCGAGCUCGAUUUGACUACACAUGGAAUAGCAAAUUCUGUGGCUGACAAAGUGAUGGAUAUGGGGCCAGCUCAAACUGCCAACACUACCACCUAUUCCCCUACCACUUCCACCCCUUCGAAAAGGCGGAAGCCUAGGGAAAGGAAAGUGCCUGCUACACCCUUCACCAGGGCUCUUGGAUUUGCUAGUCUAGGAGCUGGUCUUGCAUGGGGAACUGUCCAAGAAUCUGCGAGUAGGCUUUUCUUGGGAAGUCCUGAUUCACAUGACAAACAAUCUAGCGUUUCCCCCUUUUUAUCUGAAAAAAAUGCAGAGCGCUUGGCACUUGCUCUUUGUAGAAUGCGUGGAGCAGCGUUGAAGAUAGGGCAGAUGUUGAGUAUACAAGACGAAUCUCUUGUACCAGCUCCGAUCUUGGCUGCUUUAGAGAUUGUUCGUCAAGGUGCUGACAUGAUGCCAAGGAGCCAAAUUAAUCAAGUCUUGGAUGCUGAAUUAGGGCCUGACUGGUCUUCAAAGUUGAAAAGUUUUAACUACGAACCCAUGGCAUCUGCAAGUAUUGGCCAGGUUCACCAAGCUGUCACGCAGGAUGGUAUGCAGGUUGCAAUGAAAAUUCAGUACCCAGGAGUAGCAGAUAGCAUCGAAAGUGACAUCAAGAAUGUUAAGUUGUUGUUGGAUUACACAAACUUGAUUCCCAAGGGACUUUAUCUUGAUCAAGCUAUGAAGGUCGCAAGGGAAGAGUUAUCACGUGAAUGCGACUAUGUGUUGGAAGCAAGUAACCAGAAAGUAUUUCGGAACCUUAUAUCAGACAAACAAGGAUUAUAUGUGCCCUUGGUUGUGGACGAGUUAUCAAGUAAAAGAGUCCUAACAACAGAGCUUGUUUCUGGAAUUCCUGUUGAUAAAGUGGCAUUACUGGAUCAGGAGACUCGUAAUUAUGUUGGGAAGAAGUUAUUGGAGCUGACCCUGAUGGAGUUGUUUGUCUUCCGUUUCAUGCAGACUGACCCAAAUUGGAGCAACUUUUUGUAUGAUGAAUCAACAAGAAUGAUUAAUUUGAUCGACUUUGGAGCUGCACGGGAUUUUCCAAAAGCCUUUGUUGAUAAUUAUCUAAGAAUGGUGGUUGCUUGUGCAAAUUGCGAUAGAGAUUCUGUGAUAGAGAUGUCCCGGAGACUUGGCUUCUUGACGGGGUCAGAGUCAGAGAUAAUGCUGGAUGCUCAUGUUCAGGCGGGUUUUGUUGUUGGCCUGCCUUUCUCAAGACCGGGCGGAUAUGAUUUUCGCUCCACCAAUGUUACUCACAGCCUCUCAAAUCUAGGGGUAACAAUGCUGAAACAUAGAUUGACUCCUCCACCAGAAGAGGCCUAUAGUCUUCACCGUAAACUCUCUGGUGCUUUUUUGGCGUGCAUCAAGCUAGGUGCUGUUGUGCCUUGCAGAGAAGUGCUCUUGGAAGUAUACGAGCAUUACAAUUUUGGAGAAGAAAGUGAUCAAAUAUUGUUGAACGAGUUGGGUCAGUGAAGGAAAUGGAUAUCUAUCACUGAUUGUCAUAUGUAAUAAUUUAAAGAUGUAAUUGUACAUCCUACAACUGUACAGAUUAUUUUCCUUUUUUCCCUCAGUCGAGGGCAUUUUUGCAUAAUAUAGGAGGUUAAUUUCGGUUCAUAUAUGUAACAUGUAUUUUUAUACCCGCUUAAUAAUUAUCAGCAUUAAUUUUUUUACUGAUUUCAGAUUUCUUUUAUUUAAAAUACUAUUUUUUA